UGUAUUAGUUUGUACUCAAAGUAAUGAAAUACAAUAACAAGUCACCUAAUGACUCGUCAUUGUAGCAUGAUCCAGCCAUGUCAUUGAAACUAGUAACAGCAAUCUUAGCUUGUUUUCUGGUUCACACCGCACCUAGAGCAGCAGCUUCUGAUGAUGGGUUCAUCUAUCAGGGAUUUCAGUCAUCAAAUCUAAGCCUGGAUGGAUUAGCCACAGUCACCAACAAUGGCCUCCUACGGAUAACUAACAACACCAAAUCAGAAAGUGGGCAUGCCUUCUAUCCUAAUCCCAUCAACUUCAAGAGCACAUCUAAUAGUUCAGCUUUCUCCUUUUCCACCCAAUUUGUGUUUGCUAUAGUACCCGAUGUCCCAGGCGUGAUUGGUCCGGGAAUGGCUCUUGUGAUUGCACCAACAAGAAACCGUACAGAAGGGCCUAUGUCGAAGUUCUAUAGUAUGGAAAGUCUCGGCCUCUUUGAUAGAAACACCGAUGGAAAUCAGACAAAUCACGUUUUCGCUGUGGAGCUUGACACUUUUCAGAACUCAGAUUUGGGAGAUAUUAAUGCCAAUCAUGUCGGUAUUGAUAUUAACUCUGUGAGGUCCAAGGUAUCAAGGCCAGCAAGUUACCAAGCUAAUAACAAGAAUUCAUUUGACAACUUAACUCUUAGCAGCGGUCAAUCGAUGCAACUUUGGGUGGAAUAUGACGGGGUGGAUAGGAGAAUCGAUGUUACGUUAGCCCCAGUAGCGGCCACCAAACCACAUACUCCUCUUUUGUCUUUGACAUAUGACCUUUCGCCGAUUUUAGUGCAAAGCAUGUAUGUUGGCUUUUCUGCUGCCACUAGCCCAGUAGAAAGAGGAACAUCUCAUUUUAUACUUGGAUGGAGCUUCAGGAUGAAUGGUGUUGCGCAAGCUCUCGAUCUCUCUCGGCUCCCCAAGCUACCUCGGUCUGGACAUAAGAAAGUGUCUAAAUUUUUCACUGUGGGAUUGCCCCUGAUUUGCUUACUUUUGUGGUUAGUACUAACAUCUGGAGUAGCUUAUUAUCUAAGGAGAAAGUGGAAGUUUGCAGAAUUGCUGGAAGAAUGGGAGCUAGCUUAUGGACCUCACAGGUUCAAGUAUAAAGAUUUAUACAUUGCCACCAAGGGGUUCAGAGAAAAAGAGCUGUUGGGAGAAGGUGGAUUUGGCAGGGUCUUCAAAGGCGUUAUGCCAACGAACAAGGUUGAGGUUGCUGUCAAGAAGGUCUCUCAUCAAGCAAGACAGGGAAUGAGAGAAUUUGUUGCAGAAAUCGUCAGUAUUGGUCGCUUAAGCCAUAGAAAUUUAGUACCGUUCUUGGGUUAUUGUCGGCGUAAAGGAGAGUUACUUUUGGUAUACGAGUUCAUGUCCAACGGUAGUCUAGACAAGUUUUUGUAUGACCAACCCAAAUAUACGCUCCACUGGAGCCAAAGAUUUCAUGUCAUCAAAGGUGUAGCAUCAGGAUUAUUCUAUCUACACGAAGAAUGGGAACAAGUUGUGAUCCACAGAGAUGUAAAAGCCAGUAAUGUACUACUGGAUUGUGAACUGAAUGGAAGAUUAGGCGAUUUCGGCCUGGCAAGGCUAUACGAUCACGGGACUCUUCCUCAAACCACCCAUGUAGUAGGAUCUCCUGGCUACCUUGCUCCUGAGCAUAAUAGGACAGGGAAGGCCACAACGAGAACUGAUGUAUAUGCUUUUGGGGCAUUUUUGCUAGAGGUUGCCUGUGGAAGAAGGCCUAUAGAACCCCGAGCAGCACCAGCAGAAAAUUUCAUUUUGGUUGAUUGGGUAUUUUCGUGCUGGAAAGCAGGCAAUGUUCUCCAGGCGGUUGAUCAAAGGCUACGCACCGAGUAUGUGAAAGAGGAAGCAGAAUUGGUGUUGAAACUAGGCUUGUUGUGCUCUCAUUCAGAACCGCAGAGUAGGCCAAGUAUGAGGCAAGUUCUGCUGUACUUGGAGGGAUCAGUUGCCCUGCCAGAAUUAUCAUCACUGCCCAUGGGCGUUUCUGCUGUUGGUAUUGGCUUCGCCCAUCCUGCUGCCUUUGAAGAUACUACAUCGUCAUUUGCAUCUUCCACAGACAAAAGUUUCUCACAUUCUGUAGCAGACUCUGUUCUCUCUGGUGGUCGGUAACUUUACUAAAUUUAGGGAAAUAAAAGUGCUUAUUUUGUUGAGUGCAUUUUUAUUAUCUUUCUACCCAGGAGAGCCCCUUGUACUGUUUAUUAGUGUGGCAUCUCAAAUAUGCAAUGUUUUAA